CCUGUGCUUCCCGGCGGAAGUAGUUGGUGACCAGCAACAGUUAGCUUUGUGAUCCAUGUUGAUGUGAUUAAAGGACUCUAAAAAGGAAAAUGUCAGAGCAAACGAUAACAGUGACAGUUGCAUACGGCUCUGCUAAGCACAGCAUCACAUUAAGGGGCCAGGAUGAUGGUAAGGGUCCGACUGUCAAAGACCUGUCAGAUGCUCUCACUCAAGCCACUGGCGUUCCAGCAGCCUCACAGAAACUCAUCUUCAAAGGAAAAUCACUGAAGGACAUGGAGGAGAGUCUGUCCAGCUAUGGAAUAAAAGAAGGCUGCAAACUCAUGAUGAUUGGAAAGCGGAACAGUCCCGAGGAAGAAGCCGAACUGAAGAAGCUGAAAGACAUUGAGAAAUCUGUGGAACAGAUGGCUAAAAAGCUGGAAAAAGUAGACGGGGAGUUGACUGGACUCAAGAAUGGCUUCCUGGCCAAAGACCUCCAGGCAGAGGCACUGGGUAAACUAGACCACAGAGUGAAAAUAGCAGCUGAGCAGUUCAUGAAGAUUCUGGAGCAGAUAGAUGCCUUGAGUGUCCCCGAAAAUUUCAACGAUUGCAGGAUGAGGAAAAAGGGCCUUGUAAAGACAGUGCAGGAUUUCCUGGCUCAGUGCGACAAGAUUGAGGCUUGUAUAUCAGAUCACCUAUCAAAGAUCCAGUCAAAAAACCUCGCCCUGGCAGAGUAGAGCUAAAAAGUCUCCGAUAUCAUGUUGCUCUGUGAGCAGCUGCAAAGUGUACAGAAAGCUUCAGGUGUGGAGCAGAUCCUUGUCUAUUUAUUGUUGAUGUGAUGUGUAUGAGAAAUCCCUCACCACGAGAGAAUCCUGUGAACAGAAGGAGGCUGGUUAACGACACUGAUGCUAGAUACACUGCGGAUACAUUAUCUGGGUUAAAGACAGAUGUGGGGUGCUUUCUGAGAUACUGUAACCACAGGCACUCUUUGAAAGGAUCUGAGGUGCUUUGAAUUGUGGCAAAUCAUGUAGACCCUUUUAAAGCGUCCAAAACUAGUGAUCAAUAGAACUACCACUGCCAAAUAUCUGUUAUAUUUUCCAUGAUGAUGUCAGACAAAUUCACCAGUUCGUCAACCAUUAUCCCACAAAAUAUACAAUAAAACAGACAAAAUGUUUUUUGGUUUUUUUUCCUCAUUGUGUUGUACCAACUGCUGAGCGUUCCGUAUAGCAACUUGUACACACAUGGGCAAAGGUAAGUGGACACCCAGGCAUUACAUCUAUGAGACUGUUUACAAUCCAAAAUUAUAAGCUUUAAUUUGCUAUGCUAACAGCCUCCACUGUUCUUAGGAGGGCUUUCUGUAGGAUUUUGGAACUCGGCUACAGGGAUUUGCUCCCAUUCAGCCACAAAAGUGUGGGUCAGGCACUGUUGUGUGGGGUGAUAAAGUGGGACUCAGAGUCGGUGUUCCAGUUAAUACCAAAGAUGUUGGGUGGGGUUGAGGUGAGGGCUCAGUGUAGGCCGGUCAAGUUCUUCAACAUCUACUUUGUUUUUAUGUUAAGGAAAGUGAUUAAAAAAAAAAAAA